UGAAUUCAACCUAUACUUGUUUGAGAAAAUAUUGGCAAAAAGCUUUAAUUGAUGUUAACACUGUUUCAGGUUUUGAAGGCCUUGUAAAGGUAGACUUUACUGUUAAAAUUGGAAUCAAUAAAUCAAUACAAUUGGUCAUAUUACAAAGCCCUUCAAUUAAUUCAUAUUCUUUAAAGGCAGGAGUAAAAGACAUUGUGUUGGCCGUAAAUUAUCGUCCUGAAAUUAUG